UCAAUGCGUCUCCAAGUGCGCACGACCCGUCUGCAGCAGCGCUCGCUCUGCAGACCGCCUGCCAGGCAUCUGGAAACUCUGCGUUCAUUUCUGGAACCACCGCUUUCCACUCAGUCACCCCCCAACAGGUGGAUUAAGUCGAAUCGGACAUGGACAUUGGUGGAAAUUAACCCCAGGGGGUAAAGUGGAGGUGUUGCAGAACUAGGUCUGUUCUACCCUGGAAAUUCGUGAACUCGUAUUUUUUUAAAUUCUUUCUUUCUUUUUCUUUAUUUUUCUCUUUAUACCGGGAUUUUUUUUUCUUCUUGUUGUUUUGCGCGGUGAGAUGAUGCGGUGUUUUGACGCGCAUUAAGACCGAAUGGAAAUGAAAACGCACGGAAUCAGGAUGUAUUCAGAAGUGCGGCGAAGUGACAAAAAAACAACAGUGGAGGGUGCAGACUGAAGCAGAUUAACAGAAUAAAGACAAACUGGCUUCUGAGGGCACUAACAUAUCAUCAAGGAGGCGCUUCUCAUAAAUCCGUCGCACAUCUGCUCUGAAUUUGAGAAGUUGAGAUAGACAUUUUUUUAUGCUGCUCUCCAAAGGAAGCAACCUUGAUCUUCGUGGACGAUGUUCAACAGCCCAAAGUGUGAAGUCCCUCAGCCUGGCAGCAGCUGUAGCAGUGUUAGUAGGGUGCCAGUAAGCUGAAUCCUUGGGAGAUGUCACAGCUGUAUUACCGGAGGACUGACAGCUCUUCAUACCGGGACCGCAUCCCGUUACGAAUUGUGCGGGCUGAGUCGGAGCUGUCGCCUUUAGAAAAAGCCUACCUAGGCGCUGUGGAGAAGGGAGACUACGCCAGUGUCAAACAAGCCCUGGAGGAGGCAGAGAUCUACUUUAAGAUCAACAUCAACUGCAUCGAUCCCCUUGGCCGCACUGCUCUGCUCAUUGCCAUUGAGAAUGAGAAUUUGGAAAUCAUUGAGCUUUUGCUGAGCUUCAGUGUUUACGUUGGUGAUGCCCUGCUUCACGCUAUCCGCAAGGAAGUGGUGGGAGCCGUGGAGCUGCUGCUGAAUCAUAAGAAGUCAAGUGGAGGCAUGCAGGUUCCCCCUAUCUUAUUGGACAAGCAGUUUUCUGACUUCACCCCUGACAUCACUCCCAUCAUUCUUGCUGCACACACCAAUAACUAUGAAAUUAUCAAGCUUCUGGUGCAGAAAGGUGUGUCUAUGCCACAGCCACAUGAGGUGCGCUGCAACUGUGUGGAGUGUGUGUCUAGUUCAGACGUGGACAGCCUCCGGCACUCUCGGUCUCGUCUCAACAUCUACAAAGCGCUUUCGAGUCCCUCUCUAAUUGCGCUCUCCAGCGAAGAUCCCUUUCUCACUGCAUUCAGGCUCAGCUGGGAGCUGCAGGAGCUCAGCAAGGUGGAGAAUGAGUUCAAAUCUGAGUAUGAGGAGCUGUCUCAGCAGUGUAAACAGUUUGCUAAAGACCUCCUGGACCAAACAAGGAGCUCCAGAGAGCUGGAAAUGAUCCUGAACUAUAGAGACGAUGCCAACUUACUGGAAGAGGAAGGCAAUAAUGACCUUGCAAGACUCAAACUAGCAAUCAAGUACCAUCAAAAAGAGUUUGUGGCUCAGCCAAACUGUCAGCAGCUCCUGGCCUCGAGGUGGUAUGAUGAGUUUCCUGGGUGGAGGCGGCGCCACUGGGCAGGAAAAUUCAUCACCUGUGUCUUUAUUGGCCUCCUCUAUCCUGUUUUUGCCCUUUGUUACCUCAUCGUACCCAAGAGUCGCUAUGGCCUCUUCAUCCGCAAGCCCUUCAUCAAGUUUAUCUGCCACACUGCAUCGUACCUGACCUUUCUGUUCCUGCUGCUGCUUGCCUCCCAGCAUAUUGUCACCACAGAACAAGAUAGGCAAGACCGACAGGGCCCUCCACCGACCACUGUAGAGUGGAUGAUUCUACCAUGGGUGCUGGGAUUUAUUUGGGCAGAGAUCAAGCAAAUGUGGGAUGGUGGUUUCCAGGACUACGUCCAUGACUGGUGGAACUUGAUGGAUUUUGUCAUGAACUCUCUUUACCUGGCCACUAUAUCCCUCAAGAUUGUAGCCUACACCAAGUACAGUGGUACUAAACCCAGGAACCAGUGGGAAAUGUGGCACCCCACUUUAGUAGCUGAGGCAGUGUUUGCCAUUGCAAACAUAUUCAGUUCCCUGCGCCUCAUCUCCCUCUUCACCGCUAAUUCCCAUCUGGGGCCUCUGCAGAUCUCACUCGGCCGAAUGCUACUGGAUAUUCUGAAGUUCCUUUUUAUUUACUGUCUGGUUCUCCUGGCCUUCGCUAAUGGGCUUAACCAGCUGUACUUUUACUAUGAGACAAAAGCUUCAGAAGAGAAAGGAAAAUGCAAAGGGAUCCGCUGUGUAGAGCAGAACAAUGCUUUCUCCACGUUGUUUGAGACCCUACAAUCCCUUUUCUGGUCUAUCUUUGGACUAAUCAGCCUCUAUGUAACCAAUGUGGAUCCAGACCACCAAUUUACUGAAUUUGUUGGUGCCACCAUGUUUGGGACAUACAACAUAAUUUCCCUGGUGGUGCUCCUCAACAUGCUGAUAGCCAUGAUGAAUAACUCUUACCAGCACAUUGCUGACCAUGCAGACAUUGAAUGGAAGUUCGCAAGAACAAAGUUGUGGAUGAGUUACUUUGAGGAGGGCGCCACGGUUCCCGCCCCUUUCAACAUUAUUCCGAGCCCCAAAACAUUCUGGUACCUCAUGUGUUGGAUCAAGAGACAAGUGUGUAAGAGGACUCGGUCCAAGAGAACCAAAAGCUUUGGAACUCUUGGAAGACGGGCUGCGGAAAACGUGAGGAUAAACCAUCAAUAUCAGGAGGUAUUGAGGAACCUGGUAAAACGUUAUGUGGCUGCAAUGAUCAGAGAUGCUAAGACAGAAGAGGGCCUGACUGAAGACAACUUCAAGGAGUUGAAACAAGAUAUUUCCAGCUUCCGCUAUGAGGUGAUGGGCAUGAUGAAGACGGGGAAGCCUGCUCUACAGGGCGCGAUGGCCAGUUCCAGUUCAGUGGAAUCCAGUCUUGCUUAUCCAAAUUCCUCGCUCAAAAUUUCCCCUGGCCUUCCGGCCAGCCAGGCAAAAAGCAAGCUCAACCGAUUCAAGAUCACUGCAUCCAUCCUCAAACAAACCAGUUCUCUUGCUUCACCCAGGCCUCCUGAAGCAUCCAACGGUCUUCCUAAUGGACUCUUGGCGUCAGAUGAGGGUUGCAGUGAACCAUCAAGCCAGCGGAGAAACUGCUCCAAAGAUGUUAGUGACUUUAGUUUGUUUCAAAAACGCCACUGGAGUGGUAAAGAAGUCCCAUCAGGGUCAGGCGAGGUUCUGAGAGAGAUGUACUCUCUGUCAGAGGAGGCAGGAGAGUCAGGGGGUUCAGACACAGAAGAGGAGAGUAAGGAGGAUACAGCUAAGGCUGAAGAAAAACUGCUGGUGAAUAAAUCGGAUGAAGACUUUCCAGAGAAUAAAAAAGAGCUAAACAUUAACAGAAGCCUUGAAUGUGAAGAUAAACAACCUGAAGAAGAAAAAAAAUCUAGCUCCACAAGAAAGGAACCAUGAUAUAUGAAGAUGCAUGAAGUGCCCUGCAAAAACAUUUCUGUCCUAUAGAUUAUUUCAUGUUGCAGUCACAAACCAACACCCAAUAAUUGUGAAGUGAUGAGCAUUUGUAUUUAGGUUCCUUUUUCUCUAAUACCCCUAAAAAAAAAUUUGUGGAAAUAACUGUCUUCAGACAUCAGCUUACUACAAAGUGUGGUGAUAUUCAGAGAACUAGCUGAGAGGAGCUGAAAAGAUCCACAGACAGAUUAUAUCUGUGAGAAUAAUUUGAUAGGAUAGCUAUUUGUCAUGCACAUUACAAAUCUGGC